AUGGGAGGCCUGGUCAGAGACAUUGCAGUUAGAUGGCGUAUAGGAUUUCAGAGACGACUAGGAUUCCACCCACCGACACAGGCAGAACUGAUGGCCUUGCUAACGGGUCUGCAGAUGUGUAAACAGCAAGGAUUCAGCAAGAUCAUGGUCUUCACUGAUUCUAUAGAAGCUAUUAGAUUGGUCGAAACUGAAGGAGGGGCAAAUCACUUUUUGCAUACUGAGAUAACAGAGAUCAGAGAACAUAUCUACUCAGAUUGGGACAUUAGCAUCAAAUAUGCACGAAGGAGUGCACUCCAAUGUGCAGAUAUGAUGGCCAAAAAGGCACAAGUCAUACAUGAAGAAAUGAUUUAUUGGCAAAGGCCCCCACGGGAGUGCUUAUCUCAACUGCAGGAUGAUAUGGCAUUAGCCACUAUAUCCGCCUCAAACUUCUAA